AUGGCGAGCUUCGAACGUGAAUCUAACUGCAAGAUCCACGUCUUACGCAAUGACGGUGGAGGAGAGUACAAGACCCUCAAUAUAUUUUGCUCGACAGAAGGCAUCUCGCGUCAAGUGAGUGAAGCGAGAAACCCAGCGAGCAACGGCAAGGCUGAAAGAAUGCACCGCACCAUCAUGAACAUGGUGCGGAGCAUGAUCUUCGCGUUAAACCUCUCACUGUCAUUUUGGGGCGAUGCCGCAGAGUACGCUGCGUACAUUUUAAACCGUAGCCGCACCAAGUCGAACCCUGUAGGAGUGUCACCUAUGGAAUUUCUGACGAGUAAGGCUGCCAUGCUGAAGGACAGAGUUGCCUUCGGCUCAACAUGUACUACGCAUAAUCAUCCGAGCAACAAUUCACUCGGGGAGCGAGGCAGGGAAGGCAUCAUCAUUGGACGAGGCAGCGAAACGAAGGCGUACAAGGUGUACAUCCCGGUGGACAAAGUGGUCAAAGUGACUCAACACGUGCAAAACGUUAAAGCACCAGCAGAUAACCAAGAUGACAAGAAAAUUCAUCCUGAUGCAGUAAACCGUCAAAAGAUGCCGCGACGUAAUCAUCAGGUUGAUGAUGAAGAUCAUUAA